UAGGAAGUGACGCUUUCCCUGAGUCCCGGAGAGAAAGAAACAAAGUUUUAGGGUUUUUUUUUUCCCCCCCUUCUCUUCUCCGCUUUCCCCCCUUUUGCUUAUUGUCGCUCCGCGUUGCCCCGUGGGCGCCCGUCGCGGCAGCCCUGCCUCGCUUCGCAGGACCUGUAACUAAGUGGACCCUCCUGACCUCUGAACCACAAAGAAUAAGAGUGAAAAGAAGUGGGAGAAGCACACGAAGAAAAAGGAAGUGGAUGCACUUUCAUCUGGAUUCUUUUCCUGCCCUUUAUUGCAAAAGCUGAAUGGAAAAGAGAGACUUCUGUGCCUUUCUUCCCCCAACCUCAGGGAUGGGUGGAUUGUAAAUACAGUGUGUGCAACUGGGAGAAUAGACUGAACCAUGAAUCUUCAGGCUCAGCAAAAGUCUUCAAGCAAAAGGACUGGGAAACGAAUUGCCUAUUUUAAUGAGCAGGAAAUAGCUGUGUCAUCAAAAGAACCACAGCAGCAGCUGAAGGAAGGACAGUACUAUGGUCAUGGAGGGAAUAUACCGGUCUCCCAAACUAUGGAUAUUACACACGCAGGAGGAUUAACAAGUGCUCCCAACAAUGUUGCUUUGAUGAACUCUGUUUACAGUCAAGAUAGGGGAGAAUCAAUGAUGAUGUCCCAGACGGUAACAGCUGUCAAAUGGCAGAAUUCACUAAUGGGAAACCGGUUGCCUGAGAGGGGUGACAGCCACUGGCAGACUCCACCUUCCAUAUGGAACCACAGUAUGGUUUUUGGGGGCAACCCGAAAGGACCCCACUCCAAUGCUGGUGCCCCAGGCUUCUAUGGCCACCCAGAAGCCCUUAAAAGAAACCAAGAGAAAGGAGUGUUUGUGUCACAGCUGGACUUGUAUGGAGACGCUGUCCAGCAGAUGAUGUCCCAGAAGGCUCAGCUGGAACAGCAAGCCCUGGUUAGACAGCAAGCUCAAAUGAAUUCUUUUCAUCAGAUGCAGAAGCAGCAGCAGCAGAAUCAAAGUCUGCCGUUACAGCCUUUCCAACUUGCCUUUGGUCACCAAGGCCAAAAGCAGGGUCUUCCUGAGUUGUUACACGUCUUUCAAGAAGCCCCAGCUUCUUCCAGUCCAGCAUUUACUGCUCAGCAAAAACAGCAAGCUCUUCCCCAGCUACAACUGUUUGAAAACUUCUAUCCUCAACAGCAGCAGCAGCAGGCUGCCACACAAGCCUUCAGUCUGCAGCAAACCACUUCCAUAGCACAGCCUCAUGUGGCAGCUGCAGCACCUCAGCAUCACAUGAUGGCACACCAAUUUCAGCAAACAGAGAGGAACCAGGAACUAUUCAAGGCUCUAACAGAGCAGAACCAACAGACUGUGCUACCUCAGACCCAGAUUCCCUUUCCAAGAAGGUCACGGAGACUCUCCAAAGAAGGUGUCGUGCUGACAUCUGCAGGAGAAGCGUUGGCUUCCAAACAGGCAGAGGAACAACCCAGCAAUUUAUUUCUGCAUCACUGGCAAGCACAUCAGCAAGAGGUCCCAUUACAGCAGCCUCCUGAAUCACUGACACACAACAAAAGUAGCUAUUUGCACCCCAGGAGAUUGGAUAUGGGGCAGAAGGAUGUCGUGGUCAAUAGUGAGCUGUGCCAGGUGGAAACAGACAGGCAAGCCACAGCCCAGAAUGGUAGAGAUGGGGAGAAACAGACAGCAGCAGAUGAAGAAAACACUCAGAGAACUAAUGAUUUUCAGGGUGUCAGAGGUGGUGUGAUCCAGAGUACACGACGGAGACGGCGCGUGUCUCAAGAAGCCAAUUUGCUGACUUUGGCCCAAAAAGCUGUUGAGCUGGCUUCUCUUCAGAAUGUAAAGGAGCUGGAUCCUUCAGAAGAGAAGAAGAGUAUGGUGCUAGCUCCUGGACCUACAGCUGCAAAAAGUGUUGUGGAAUUUGCCAGUUCUUCACCACCUCCCAAAAAGGCCCGGGAGGAUAACAGCCUUGUGCCUCUUAUCAUUCCUGUGUCUGUGCCAGUGAGAAAAAUUGACUUGCAGAGCCUGGGAAAGGACAAGUCUGAGGAUGGAAAGCUCCAGAGAGGCCAAACAAAUGAUCGAGCUCCUUGUGAACGCAAACCCUCUGUGAUAGUCACUCGGCGGCGAUCUAAUCGUAGUACUAACAUGGAAACCUCAAAUCAGCAAGAAGAUGCUGUUCCAAAGGAUGAAGCAGAGGGCUUUGCCCGAAAACCAAAGCAGCGGCCACGACCUGAGCCACUCUUCAUACCACCAAAAGCUGGCACCUUUAUUGCGCCACCUGUUUAUUCUAACAUUACUCCCUAUCAGAGCCACUUACGGUCACCUGUCCGUCUGGCAGAUCAUCCUUCGGACAGGAACUUUGAGCUACCUCCUUACACUCCUCCACCAAUUCUCAGUCCAGUGAGAGAAGGAUCUGGGCUGUAUUUUAAUGCUAUCCUCUCUUCAAGUGGUCAUUCGGUCCCACCUCCGAUGACUCCUAAAAGUGCUCACAGAACUCUGCUUAGAUCAAAUAGUUCAGAAGUUACCCCUCCCGUUCUCACAGUAGUGGGAGAAGCCACCCCAGUCAGCAUUGAACCGAGAAUAAAUGUAGGAACUCGCUUCCAAGCAGAAAUCCCAUCACUGCAAGAUAGAUCUCUGGCAGCUGCUGAUGAACAUAAAGCAGAACUGGUGUGGCAGCCGUGGGGUGACCUGGAAACCAACAAAGUCACCCAAGAGAAUGUUGAAAGCCUGCUGGCUGCUGCCUGUUCAAGCAUUUUUCCUGGGGCUGGAACCAACCAGGAGCUGGCGCUGCAUUUCUUACAUGAGGCCAAGGGAAGCAUUCUGGGAGCUUUGACCAAACUGCUAUUGAAGAGCCCAGUACGAUCACCUGGCCACCCCUUGGCAGAUUAUCACUACACAGGAUCAGACAAGUGGAAAGUUGCUGAAAAAAAACUUUUCAACAAAGGCAUUGCAAUCUACAAGAAGGACUUUUUCUUGGUCCAAAAGCUUAUCAAAACCAAAACGGUGGCUCAGUGUGUAGAGUUCUACUACACAUACAAGAAACAGGUGAAAAUUGGUCGGAAUGGGACCUUAAUCUUUGGGGAUAUUGAUGUUCCUAAUGAGAAAUCUAUGAAAGAUGAAGCUGAAGUUGACAUCAAGAGUUCCCAUAGGUUUGCACGUGUUCUUCCUCCCAGAAGGGACAUUUACAAUGAAGAACAGGAGUAUGGGGAGGAUGAGGAGGAGGAGGAGGGAGAAGAGGAGGCAGAGGAAGAACUACAUAAUAGAAAGAAGAACACAGUUACUUUCAAAGAUGAACAGACACUACAAGAUGGUGUAAUAGCCUAUGAUGCCAACAUGAGGAGUCAAGAGGCAGCUGUCCCAGGCAGAAGUGGAAGGAAGCCAAGGGAGACAGCAGUGAAGCCUCGGAAGCCUCUCACUGCCCCAGUGCAGCGGAGGCGGCGGAAACAGAAGAUAAAAUCAGAUGCUACCAGUAAAACUCAGAACACAGAGAACACAUUUCCAUGUAAAAAAUGUGGCAGGGUGUUCUACAAGGUGAAGAGCCGCAGCGCUCACAUGAAGAGCCACGCGGAGCAGGAAAAGAAGGCGGCUGCGCUGAAGCAGCGGGAGAAGGAGGCGGCAGCGGCGGCGGCGGCUGCUCACAGCCAGGCCCGGCGGGAGGAGAGCAGCGAGAGUGGGAGCAGCAGCAGCAGCAGCGGGAGCAGCAGUGCCAGCUCGGAUGAAGAUGGAGAAAUAUAGCAGCAGACCAGAAGUGGAGGGGGAGUACCAAGGCUGGACCGACCUCCCUCUUGGUGGCCUCACUGGUUUUUAUUGCUUGCACUUUCCGUACCUGAGCCGUCAGGUCUCAGUUUCAGUGCUGCCGUUCCCCCGUGCCACGUGUUCCACUUCACCUUGCCAGUACUGACCAAGCCGAGUGGUGGAUGGGAAGAUUUGUUUCAACUUGGAUAUUUUUUUUAAAACAAAUGAGAUUUCUAUUCUAUUUAUAUCGAUACCUGAGGUACAUCACAGAACAAUGUCACCUGCAGUGGAAGUAAGUUCUCUCUCAGGUCGGUCAGACCUUUCUUUUUGUGCUUGUCAGGAGCCAUGUUAACAGGACACUUGGAUAUAAAGGUUUCCAGAACAGAGCAAGAAAAUGGUGCUCUUCUGUGAGCUACAUUUAUCCAGUUACUGUGACACUGGUGAUCUCUAGAUGUUUCCUUACUCAACAAGUUCUCCUUCCUGUUACACUUUCCUGCCUUUCUGAGCAUCUGUUCAGGCAGACAACAAGUUUAGUGAAAAGAUGAUGUGCACUUUUGGCCUCUGCUUCACACAAAUUCAAAGUGCUAUGAGUGAGACACUUCCUUUUGAGAGGAAGUUUUCUUUUUCAACAGGAAGGCUGAGGUGGUUUCUUUGAUGCCAUUAAGAAUGCAGCAACAGAUAAUAAAAAUACCCUGUGCGAUUCAUGUAGGUCUUGUGAGUUGUCUCACCUUGGAAAACAGAGUAGUCUGCCUUUGACUAACCUAAUGGAGUGUAGUCUGGGCUUCACAAGUGCAAUUUGAAAUUAAAACUGAUUGUUUUGACUUGGCAUAAGUGGGAGCAAGUUUGUUUAGUGAAAAUGAACCAAGUUGUUCUCGUGCACUGGAUGCUGUGCACCUGAGAGAUGGGAGGAAUGGACUCUCAUCCUUAGCAAGGAUCCCUCUGUGAAUGGCUUUUACCUCUCAACAUGUCCAUUUCCUUCUUGUGGCAGUCCUCAUUUAUUCCUUGUGAUUGCCAUCAAGAGCUUGUAUGGUGGGGCCCUACCUUCCCAAAUACUUCCUGUCAGGCAGCAUGUGUGUGCAGGAGAAGCUUGUCACUUUAAUUCCCCACCAGUGGAAUUCCACACCGGCCUGCUGGGCUGUCCUGCUGUGAGCUUUGCUCUUUGCUGAAAGGCUGACUCUUCCUCCAGAACUGACACAUGCUAAUAGCCCAAAAAAUCUAGCCACCAAACACCUGCUCGUGAAAGAGAGUUAAGAAGUAGUGAAGUGGUCCAGGUGACAUAGAUUUGCAUGGGAUUGUUCUGUACAUCUUCUGUGGCCCACAUUUAUCAUUGCUUUGUAAAGAUGCAAAGAAUCAAAUCACCUCCUGUGCUUCACAGACAGUGAGUCCCAGGCUGUACUGCAGCUGUCCAGCUUGCUCCUUCCAGACAAGGCUUAGAAGCAGCGCUGGUCUCCUGGCUUGCUGGCUGUGGCACUGUGUCAGGCGGUUUGUGUGCUGCUCUGGCUGUGCAAUGCUGAAGGAGCAGAUGGCUCCUGUGUUCUCCAGCAGGGAUCCUUUGGGAGGGGGUGCAGGGGAUGUUGCUGUAAGUGAACUACAGAGUGUUCUUGGCUAUCUGAUUGGGGGUCUUUUUGAUAUUGACCCUUCCAGCUGCCAGAUAAAUUCCAGGUUAACUCUGCAAAGUGGCUGUAACUCUAGUGUGCCACCUGGCAAUCUUUUCCUGCCACGUGGUUUUAUGCAGCCAUGGUUGCUUCACCCUCUGCCUGGGGGACUGUGUAUUGUACCAUGUUUGCUGACCUAUGCCUUUGCAUAGAAUCCCUUCUCUUUCUAGCAGAGACAGUUACUGCUCUUAAAUCAUUAAGGACUGCACUUCAUUCAACGUUGAUACUUUUGCCUUCCAUUUUCUGCCAAGGGUGUGUUUUUCAUUCCUAACAAAAAGAGGUUUCCUUUUGGUGUUUGGAUGACUGUUCCAUGUCCUUAGGUGCAUGGGUCUUGUGGGCUAACUAAGCUGUGGGAGCAGAUGGCAUGUCACAAACUGUUAAAGUAAUUCCACAACUGCAAAGAACUAAAAGCUGCUCAUCUUUAAAGAGGAGCUUGAGCAAACCAGGCUUCCUGUUAAGAGUUCCAUGUUUAUUAUAAUCUCUUUUUCCUUUGGAAAACUGGAGAAAGUGCUUGUCUGCCCUUCUCCUAGGGCCUCUGGAACAGAAGCUUUAGCAUAGUGGGCCAGGAUGGAUAGUAGCUGAAGCAGCUAGACCUCAUGGUCCACUGGUAGUGCUGGGAUGAAUUCCAGUAAAAAGCAAUGAUGAAAUCAACGUUUCUAGGAAGUUGCCAAUAGUUUCCAGACCUUGAGAACUGCAGGGCAACAGUUCAGAAACAAGCUGGGCUUGUGAUUAUAUCUAAAAAGGAUUUAAGGGUAAGGUCAGGAGUGAUACUGUUGUGGAUGAAUGUAUUAGCCUGCAAUAGCAGUGUUGCAGCAGCAGAACUGUGUACAGUUACUUAACAGACACUGGGAAGGCCUAGAAACACAUAACAAAGAAAUGGAGCUGGGGGUGGAGCAGGCACACAUUGAGAGAGAUGGCAAAGAGGUUUUUGAGAUUGGAGAGGAGAUCUGAUUAAGCUUGAGAACUCAAACAAGGUUAAUAGAACUGGCUUGGGAAAAUGGUUUUACUAUCCCUGCUAAAACAAUGCAAAACCCUGUCUGAAUGCAGUUCUAACAGCAAGCAGGAGCAGAUGCUGAAGAAAAAAGCAAGAGACAGUAUGGAGUAGCAGAGUGUAGUUCCAGCUAGAAAAUAGGAUGCUCAACUAAAAAGAACUUAGGUGUGUUCUCAUGUAAGGGACAUCUGCAGAGAGGUUUGUGCUGAAAUGUACUGUUCUCCUUGUGGGCAGAAAAUCAGGACAUUUCCCUGCCUUUCGUUCUUCUGCUCUGUGUAUCACCUGCAUCUACUGUAGUAUUUUUAGAGUCUGGAAGUAUGCCUGGGUGAUAAUGAGCAAACAUCUAGUCAUGAGCCUCAGGAGCUUUCAAGUUUGAAGCAGUUUUAGUUCUGUCAUAGCAAAUCAGAGUGACAAGCAAGUGAUCAGAGGAAAUUAGGUACAAAGAUUUAGGCAGAAAAUCAUGGGGUUGCUUUAAGUCCCAAUUUAGUCUUUCAGAUAUGAUGACACUUGAAUGCAAGCACUAUUACAGUCUUCCAAAGACCAGAUACUUCACUGAGUCUGCCUGUUUUAGGACACUGAUACAAUUUGUCCUCUCAUCAAGGACAGGCCAGUGAGGUGCCGGGGAGAGUAAAUCAGAGGUUUUCUUUACUUGCAAAAAAGCAAUGUGUAUAUUACACACUGAAUCCAGUACUGGUUGUUUCUCCCUGCUGCAGUACAAGUAGAAGAGAAAAGGAAGACUUGAUACAGCAAGGUCUGUCAUUGGAAGAAAAUCAGAAAAGGGCUUUUUCUGAGGAGAACCUCUAACAGCUGCAGGCUACCAUGGCUGACCAAAACCAGGUAGAUGUUCCAAGUGGCAUCUAAUGGAAAUGGUUUGGAACAUGUUUACAUAGGGCUAGUGGCCACCAGAAGACUUCUUUUCUGUCAUGGUAGUAAGUAAACAUGGCCCUCUUUUGAGUAUCUUAUUUAAAAGCAAGCAAGCAAAACCAAACCUGCUGCCCACUUGCUUACAGUAGGAGGCUGAGAUCGAUUGUGCAUCUAUUGGAUCCUGCCUAACAGCAAAAGUUGGCAGAGAAUUGGUUUUUGUCAAACUCCUAACCCCCAAGUUGCUGUGGGCAAAGCCUUUGAACUGAAAUUGUCUAAUCUGGAGUGAAUUCUGGUACUGUUCUCAGCUGGGGGGGGGGGAAACAACUCGUGGCUCAUUACUGCAGCACAGUGUUAAUUUAAGCCUGUCUUGUUCCAAUUACAAGUUUUACAAUGCUUAGUUCUUGUCUAUAUCCUGUGGAUUUGUCCAUUUUAAAACUCCACUUUCCAUUGUUCAAAGGCUUAUUUACUGAUCCCCAUUCAGUACGAGGGCUUGCUGUUGGGAAGGAAGGCACUAUAGGCUCAGUCGUUUGAACGAGGCGCCUCUUGGCUUCAGCAGCCUUUUGCACGGGAACAAAUCAAAGGUUUAUAGGCUGCAAUUCUGUAAAUGUGUACUAAUAGAUUUGCCUUUUAGAGUACAAGAUGAGGCUUCAGGUGGUCGUACACUCAGUGGUCAGGUGGCUGUAUUUCAGAAGCUCUUUGAGUCUCAACGCCGGCGUUGGGCGUUGCGGAGAUGCAGCGACGGGUCAUGUUUUGCCCUGAUGGUGUUACUUCCACGUUGUCUGCCCUUUACAGAUAGAUUCAGUCUUUCAGGUUUAUGAUCUGCAUGGAUAGCAUCUCAGUUUUUUAAGACUCUGUGUAUAUAAUUACUAGAUCUAUGCAUGCACUGGUGAUGCAUAUCUGAUAUAGCUGGUGUUUCGCAGCCUAUCUGUGAGAACAACCACUCUGCAGUUUAAUUUAUUUGAUGUUUUUUUCCAUUUACUGACACAGGUAAUGGUAUCUGAGAGAGCUCAACUCUGUAAGUUCAAGGCCUACAGAUAUUCAGUUGGCUGUGCAGGACCCUGACAUUUUGCUAGCUAGGAAGGACCAGGUAGGAACGUCACAGUUUAAAGGCAGGGCAAAGACAGACAUUAUAAAGCCUAAAGGUAACUCACCUGUUAAUCCCAUACUAGGCACGUAAUGUGAAGUUCAAAUUAGCUCUGAUUUAUCAAACUGAGGCUUUUGAUAGUUUUUAUCAUUGCAACAAGCUUAGAUUAAAAUCAACAUUGAAAAAAAGUGUUUCCUAAACCACAGAGUGAACGUUCACUCUCAGCAAUGACACGCUUCUUAGUUCUCUUUCAGGCAGUGGACUAGAAAGUUCCUACAGGCCUGUAUCCUACUUAAAAAGAAAUGAGAGUAGGGAGGGCUGUAGCUGUAGAAGUCUUGUCUGCUUUCCUGCAAUGGCACCUUUAGUCCAGUGAUUACCUCUGCCACAAACCUUAUUCUAAACCACAUUUUCCCACACAAACUUUCUCCCCAUUUGAUCUUCUGCUGUACAUCUGAGAGUUUAUAAAGCUUUAAAGAGACAGAGCAGCAGUGUCUACAGAUCACGUUUGGUUGGUUGUUGUGGGAGGGAGUUUCUAUGUAAACUCAUCACUUGGGUUCAGCUGCUUUACUCGCCCUCCUUCUCCCUUGUGUCACACCUUAGGAAGACACAAUCUUUGACUCCCCACAGCUGUCUUAAGGAUUUUUCUUUCCAAGACUAGGAUUCCACUGACAGCUGAGCCUCAAAAACCCCUUUAACUUCUCCAGAUGACAAGACAACAUCUAUUUUUAUAGAAAUGUAUAUUUUAAGAAUCAGAUUCCUGCAGCUUCUCCAUAUGUAUUUCCCCCCCCCCCUUGUAGUUCAGAUUUGAUAUAAACUUUGUUUCUUUGUGUUCAUUCUUUUAAUGUUUGGUUUUUAAAUUUGUAGUCAGAAGCUUUGGUGUACUGUACAGGAGCAGUCAGCCUUUGUAAUUACUGUAUUAAAUGCUUUAUAAUAAAGUAUAUGACUUUUUAUUUGAACAAGCGGAGCAAACACUUCCUUUUGUGUGUUUGCUGCCUAGGGCACCUUUUCAAAGACUGUUACAUGUUUAAAAUGUACAUAUAUAAAUAUCUUUACCUGUUGCUGUACAGUUGUGAUAGACUGGACUGAAUUUAUUUUUUGUGUGCUUUUUUUUAUAAACUAUUAAUACACUAAAGGAGAUCUUGCUGAUGUGAUUGUAAUGUACUAUGUAACUUA